AUGAAUGCCUGGUUUAAGGAAAGUCAAAGAUUAGGGUUUCAUUCAGAUUUAGUUCGAAAUUGUAUUUAUGCUAUAAGUACAAUGCACCUAGAUAAUCUCGAUUUUUAUGAAUCUAUUAAGGGUAGUAAAUUGAUUCAAUCACCGCAAGCUAUGAAGUUUUUUGACUGUCAUAUAGCUAUAUUCGAGCCUAAUCAAUUGAGAGGAUUUCAUCAGAGUAAGGUACUCUACAGAAAGACAAUUCAGUAUUUUUUGAAUAGCGUUAAGAAAACAAUGAAUGUCAUCAAUGAUAUUGAAUCCGGAAAUGGGCCACAUUCAAUUUCACAAGCAAUAGAAAUUUUGAUUUCAAGUCUUAUCAUAUUCAAUUUAUUGCUGCAUCAUCACACAAUGUUUCUUCCACUUAUAGCAUAUGACAUAUCACAACCUAGCCUUUUAUCCAUAUGCAUGGGAAUGAAACAUGUAAAGAGUAUCAUUGUUCCCUACUUAGAAGAAACUAGUUUUGGAAUAUUAUUUAAGGAGGAUACAACCACGGUUUUGGAUUCUAAAUUUUGUAAUAGAAUAUCCUUGAUAGAACAGCUUACAGAAUACAGGCUUAUUUUGGAGGAGAGAGAUGAAAUUCAGCCCCAUGAGUCGUUGAUAUACAUUGAUUCUAUAAAGAAACUUGAAAGUAUUAUCUACAAAAUAAUUAUUCUGAAUAAUCAACAACUCAUAUGGGGAUGGAUUGGGGAACAAGAUGACGAAUUUUAUAUUCUUGCAAAUGAUAAAAAAGAAUAUUUUGCUUGCAAACUACUCUUUUACUAUUGUUCAUUGCGUGUGAUAUUAACAGGUCGGACGGGUUAUCAAGGAAAUACUUGGACAUUUUAUUGUCAUUGGUUUAAAAACUAUAAUCUAGCAAGAUUUGGUCACUGGAGGGAUCACAAGGAUAUUUCUCUAUAUCAGCUUGUUUUUCUGUAUGAUUAUGAAGUAAAAGAUUUGACCUCAUUCUUGGCAACCAAUCAAAUGAACUUUGAGAGUAAAUAA